UACAACAUUGAUGUAUAAGACCACCAUUCCAUGUCAUGGAGGAUUUUUGACUUUAGAUGUAACUAGGAACAAACGGACAUGAAAAAACACUCCAUGUUAUCAAGGCGGUUGCGGGAACACUACAUAGAUAGACAGUUAAAGAAAUGGACCACCGCCGAUUCAAACGUAAAGUGCUGUCUUUGUCGUAAACUAGAGUCAAGACAUCUAAACAAAACAACAGAGUAAACUGCGCUGAUUCAAAGUCUAAAUAGAUUUCCCGGAGCGUCGAGGUGUUCUAAGGCAAUGGCAGCGUCUUCUUCGUCCUCCUCUGCGGGAGGUGUGAGCGGCAGCUCGGUGACUGGCUCUGGAUUCAGUGCUUCAGAGCUCAUCCCUCCAAGAAAGGUCCUGUACACAUAUCCUAAAGGCGCAGGUGAAAUGAUGGAAGAUGGUUCUGACAGGUUUUUAUGCGAGUCUGUGUUCAGCUACCAAGUUGCCUCCACACUUAAACAGGUUAAACAUGAUCAACAAGUGUCUCGAAUGGAGAAACUUGCGAGCUUGGUGGAGGAGCUGGAAGCAGAUGAGUGGCGGUAUAAACCAAUUGAACAGCUAUUGGGAUUCACACCAUCUUAGAUUUAAAAAAAAAAAAAAAAGCGAGAGACCCAGAUGCCUUUUGGAUAAUAAAUCAGCCAAGUAGAAGAAAAAGGUUUAUUUCACGUCAUAAAUUGUAUUCCUUGUUUAUGGUUGUGUGGUAGUGUAAAAUAGGAUCUGGAGAUACUGAAUGGGAGUUGUAUAAUUAGGUCCCUUUGACUUAUGUAUGAGCAUGUUUUUCUUUUUUUAAAACAACCUGUUAUAUUUUACCCAGUAUAUUAUUAUAAACCAGACCAGUGUCAACCAAUAUCUCCUCGUAAUAUACUAAUCAAGUAAACAAUUCAAAAUGUUGUAAUAGACUGUUAAUAGAUUUUUAUUUAAGGAAAUAAAGGUGUUUACCAGUCCAAUCCGCUCUUUGCCUUCAGUGUCAUGAGGAAAAAGAGCUUUAUUCACGUAAUAAAUACCUUAACAUGAGGCAUUCUGUUUCCACAUGACUGCACUGUAACUCAUACAUUUUGAAAAACUGAUCCCUGAUCAUCGCUGCUCAUUCCAACAGCACCUGGAGCAAAACACUGAGAGCUUGUAAAUAAAGUCAGACUUGGACAUUC